GAUAAACGAUAGACGAUAGACGAUAGACGAUUCAUCAUUGCUAUUAUAGCCCCACCAAUACCUGCCACUUCUCUUCCCCAUUCCUUUAGUUUUUUUGGCCCUUUCAAAUUCCUCCUUCACAACCCACACAUACGUCCUACAGACCAAGGCAAAUCCGCGAAUCUUAGCAAAGAUGUCGGACCUCAACUCAUGGGAAGAUGAUCCAGCCGCUCAGGAAGAUAACAAUCUUUCACAACAAACCCAACGAAUGAAUUUGAAUGCAAAUCCCCAAGCUAGAUCAUUUCAACCGGGCGCAAAUUCCUUUCAGCCUGGCGCACAAUCAUUUCAACCUGGUCAACAAUAUCAACAAUACGGAGGAGGUUACGAUCAAUAUGGACAACAACAAAACUUCGCUCAAUAUCAAAAUCAGGGUUAUGGAGGAUAUCCUCAAUAUGGUCAACAAGGGUACAACAAUCAGUAUCAACAAGGAGGCUACAAUGCUGGUGGAUAUCAACAAGGUGGAUACAAUGCAGGAUACGGACAACAAUAUCCAGGAUAUGCUCAACAACCACAAGCAGCAACUCAAUCAUCACAACCUCCUCGGCAAACACCAACUAUUGCAAAAAGACCAGCUGAUGGUUCAGCAGACCUAAACAAACCCGUAGCAGUAAAGGAUGGAGCACCAAAAGUUUUGAGCAUUGGAGGAGAUGCACCAAAGGUUUUAAGCAUUGGAGGCGAUGCGCCAAAGCCAAAGGCAAAGGUCCUUUCUAUCGGUACUCCAGCUCCGGCGAAGAAGGAAGAACCAAAGAAGGAAGCAGCAGCCGCAGCCGCAUCUGCAGAAGCCGGUGCUAAGGUUACUGCCGCAAAAGCUAUCGAGAAGGUUGAGAAGACUCCUGCAGCCUCCAGUGGGAAGACGUCUCCUACACCAUCAUCCGGUCGUUCAUCGCCUUCUCGAACUUCUGGUGCCGCAAAGGCAGCUGCUCGUGCCGCAGAUGCGGUAGAGCAAGAGCAAGCAGCCGAUGUUGAUGAGGAAACCCUCAAGGAAAUUUACGGCAAGGAGCAUGUUAACAUUAUUUUUAUUGGACACGUUGAUGCUGGAAAAUCGACACUGGGUGGUUCUAUCCUUUACGCUACCGGAAUGGUUGAUGAGAGAACCAUGGAAAAGAACAAGAAAGAGGCCAAGGAUAUGGGUCGUGAGACAUGGUACUUGUCGUGGGCUCUCGAUUUGACAAAAGAGGAGAGAUCUAAAGGAAAGACUGUCGAAGUUGGACGUGCACAUUUCGAGACCGAAAAACGGAGAUACAGUAUCUUAGAUGCCCCUGGGCAUAAAACCUACGUACCAAGUAUGAUUGGUGGUGCUUCCCAAGCAGAUGUUGGAAUUUUAGUUAUCUCUGCUCGUAAGGGAGAAUACGAGACUGGAUUUGAAAAGGGAGGACAAACUCGUGAGCACGCCAUGUUGGCAAAAACUCAAGGUGUCAACAAACUUAUUGUGGCCAUUAACAAGAUGGAUGACCCAACUGUCGAAUGGUCCCACGAUAGAUAUAAGGAGUGCACAACCAAACUUUCUCAAUUCUUGAAAGGAACUGGUUAUAACCUUAAGACCGACGUAUUCUUCAUGCCAAUCGCCGCACAAGUAACAAUGGGUAUCAAGGACAGAAUUCCUAAGGGUGUCGCCCCAUGGUACGAUGGACCAUCUCUCCUCGAAUUCCUCGACAACAUGACUCAACUCGAACGUAAAGUCAACGCACCAUUCAUGAUGCCAAUUAAUGGAAAAUACAGAGAUAUGGGUACCCUCGUCGAGGGUAAGAUCGAAUCUGGAGUCGUAAAGAAGGGAAUGAACCUUGUCAUGAUGCCCAAUAAAGAAAAGGUCGAAGUUAUGGUAGCAUACGGAGAGACCGAAGAAGAAAUUCCCGCAGGUCAAUGUGGAGAUCAAAUUCGUCUUCGUCUCAGAGGUAUCGAAGAAGAAGAUAUUUUACCCGGUUUCGUUCUUUGUUCGCCAAAACGUCUCGUUCAUUGCGUUACUACUUUCGAAGCUCAAAUUAGAGUUUUGGACUUGAAGAGUAUUCUAUCUGCUGGCUUCAAUUGCGUUAUGCACGUCCAUUCAGCUAUUGAAGAAGUUACUUUCGCAGCACUAUUGCACAAAUUGCAAAAGGGUACUAAUAGAAAGAGUAAAGUUCCGCCAACUCAUGCGAAGAAGGGUGAUUCCAUCAUUGCCAGAAUGGAGGUUAUUGGUGGUGCCGGAAGCGUUUGUGUGGAGAAGUUUGAAGAUUAUCCUCAAUUGGGUAGAUUCACCCUUAGAGAUCAGGGUCAAACUAUCGCCAUUGGUAAAAUCACAAAGUUGAUUAGUCAAGAAGAAGUUGAUGCUGCUGCUUAAAUACAUUUACAUUAGAAUCAUGUAAUGAGAUUGUGGAUCUGAGUUAUUUGAGAGGGUAGAGGGCGGAAAUAUAAGGGGCAUGGGAUGGGGUGGAUCGGGGUGGAUCGGAGGGCUGAAGUAAAAAGAUAUACAUGCAUGCAUGGAUCAAGUGCUUGCUACGUUGAUAUAAAAUGAUUAACGAAAUAUACAUGGUCCCAUAUAUAAAUAUUUAUAUGGUGUCAGAUAAAAAGAUGAUUGAUUUUCUUUCGCUUGAAUGAAGUGAAGUGAAAUGAAGUGAAGCGACAUGAGCGUAUGUAUUUUAUUCAUAAGGGAUGGGUGGGAGAGUGAGGAAUAGGUAGUGAGCGGCAUAGAAAAGUUGAGUAAAUGAGAAAUAUCAGAAUGAUGUGUAAGA